AUGAAUUUCACAAGUAAUUUUUUAUGUUGCAAGCAUAAAUUAUUAAAUAUUUAUAGCAAAAGUUUUAGGACAAGUGCAAUUACGUUACAAAAUGUGCAGCAGGCGACAGCAAACAAACGUAUUUGCAUUGUGGGCGCUGGCCCAGCUGGUUUCUAUGCCGCGCAAUACUUGUUGAAACAGCUGAGCGAUUGUACAGUGGAUAUUGUCGAGAAGCUGCCGGUACCAUUUGGAUUAGUGCGUUUUGGAGUUGCGCCUGAUCAUCCGGAGGUCAAGAACGUCAUCAAUACGUUUACCAAGACGGCAGAGAACCCGCGCUUACGUUUCUUUGGUAACGUAACGCUUGGUACGGAUAUAAGUUUGCAGCAGCUGCGAGAACGUUAUCACGCUGUGCUACUCACCUACGGUGCUGAUCAGGAUCGAGAGUUACAACUUGAGAAUGAGCAGCAGCCUCAUGUAAUUUCAGCUCGCAAGCUCGUUGCUUGGUAUAAUGGUUUGCCUGGUGCGGAGCACCUGAAGCCAGAUUUAAGUGGACGUGAUGUAACCAUUGUUGGUCAAGGCAAUGUAGCUGUGGAUGUGGCGCGCAUGUUGCUAAGCCCCCUUGACUCGCUGAAGAUUACGGAUACAACAGAGUAUGCGCUGGCAGCUCUUGCUGAGAGUAAGGUGGAGCGUGUACAUCUUGUGGGUCGCCGUGGUCCAUUGCAAGCUGCCUUUACAAUUAAAGAGCUACGUGAGAUGCUCAAAUUGCCCAAAGUACAAACCUGCUGGCGUGCAGAUGACUUUGCAGGCAUUUCUGAUCAGCUGGACAAGUUGCAGCGCCCACGCAAGCGAUUGACCGAAUUAAUGUUGAAGAGUUUAGGCGAGCAGUCCCAAAGUAAAGUCACUCCAGGCUCCAAACAAUUUCUUCCUGUAUUUCUACGAGCACCUAAGGCCAUUGCUAACAAUGAAAUGGAAUUUGCCGUUACGCAGCUGCAGGAUAACGCUGCCGUGACUACAACUGAAACGGAACGUUUGCCAGCGGAUUUAAUACUGCGCAGCAUAGGAUACAAAUCCAGUUGCGUGGACACGGGUAUUAACUUCAAUGCAGCGCUUGGGCAAGUGUGCAAUUUGCAAGGACGCGUGCUAAGGGACAGCACAACGAAAAGCAUUGAGCCGGGACUAUAUGUGGCCGGUUGGUUGGGCACAGGACCUACAGGCGUUAUUUUGACCACAAUGAAUGGCGCAUUUACUGUUGCCAAGACUAUAUGCGAUGAUAUUGCAGCAAACACUUUUGAUACAAGCACAUCCAAGCCUGGUCUAGAGCUCGGCAACAUGCCCAUUGUCACUUGGCAAGGCUGGCAACGCAUUGAUAAAUAUGAAACGGAGGCCGGCAAGUCAAGGGGCAAGCCACGUGAGAAGAUUGUUAACAUAGCCGAAAUGUUGCGCAUAGCUGGAGUUUAAAACUGUUUAAUUUUAAAUGUGGGAUCAAAGUGCACCUUUAUAUUUUUAUAAGUGUUUGUAAAUAUAU